GGCAAGUAGAUGCAAACGGAAGUUUCCAUGGCCCAAGGUUGAGCCCGGGCUCGUCUUCCCUGUGAUAUCAGACUUUGGAUUCCUGCCAACCUCACAAAAGGCCGCCAACAUUCCCAGUUCUUUGAUCACGUGACCCUCUGGCCCCUCCUCCCCUCCCUGCUUUGAGCUGCUGACAUGCUCUGCCCAGGUACAAUUGGCUGGGUGGCUUUGCACCCACUUCCGCGAUGGGCGGGGCCUCUGAGACGGGGAGGCCAGACGGAUAAAGGCAAAGAGCCUGGAAGAUCCUCUUGUCCCCCAACACUGAUAUUACACACAGAGAGACAGCUUCAAGCUCAAGACCGCGAGGAGAAGGACCCUGCUCUACUAAUGCAUGGAGAUGAGAGCUCACCUAGAGGCAAUAAACCUGUGGCAUCCACGCCCGUCCCAGGAUCACCUUGGUGUGUAGUCUGGACUGGUGAUGACCGAGUUUUCUUCUUCAAUCCAACGAUGCACCUCUCCGUAUGGGAGAAACCAAUGGAUUUAAAGAACCGAGGAGAUCUCAACCGGAUCAUCGAGGAUCCACCACAUAAGCGCAAGCUGGACGCUUCAGCAACAGACAAAAGUGAUGGAUCUGAGGCAGAAGACGAAAGUGAAGACCAAAACAUGAAAACAAAGAGAAACAAACUUGAAGGUCCUCAGAGCAUUGAGUUGGAGAAGAUGGAAAGGGAAGAUCAAGCCCAGAACACUCCUCCACCCCUUCCUCCAAAUCAGAUCCUGCUUCCAUUGGAAGAGCGAGCCACCCACUUCCGAGACAUGCUUCUGGAAAGAGGGGUGUCAGCAUUUUCCACCUGGGAAAAGGAACUACACAAAAUCGUAUUUGACCCCCGCUACCUGCUCCUUAAUUCUGAGGAGCGCAAGCAGAUAUUCGAACAGUUUGUCAAAACCAGAAUAAAAGAAGAAUACAAGGAAAAGAAAAGUAAGUUAUUGCUGGCCAAAGAGGAAUUCCGAAAACUCUUGGAGGAGUCCAAGCUGUCACCCAGAACAACGUUCAAAGAAUUUGCUGAGAAAUAUGGCCGAGAUCAAAGGUUCCGACUUGUUCAGAAGAAGAAGGACCAAGAACAUUUUUUCAACCAGUUCAUAAUGCUCCUUAAAAAGAGAGACAAAGAAAACAGACUCAGACUUCGCAAGAUGAGAUAAGAGUCUGCAGGAAGGAGCCGCAGGAGCCUCCUGGGGAGCCCGGGGGAGAACGAGCGAGUCCUGGAGCAGAACCCACCCUCGUGGAGGAAACCUUUGAGCCCCCAUCCUGCCAGGGUCCUCCUGUCCGAGGGGGACGGCCGGAUCUCAAAGGAUCGCUGUUUCAUAUUGAAGCUCUCUUUUGUACAACAUUCAGUGUCUGAUGUAUUUCUAAUUGCCAUGAUAUGUCAAUCCCUUAAUUGUUUUAAUUAUGCAAAUAUCUUGUAAUAUACACAGAUUAUAAAUCCAAUGCAGAUUUGUAAUUGAGCAGAAACAGAUGCCAUCUCUGCCAUUCUCCAGGCUCUCUUAACCUGACUUUGAGGAGUGCGUCGCAUCCAUUUACAUUCUAGGGAAGGGCUGGCCGUGCUCUCGGCCUCCGUGACUCCCGUGUUCAUAGGUCGAUGUCUCAUUUUCUGAGUAGUCGUCUCGGCGUGUUAGUUGUAAGUCACAGUGAUGAGCGUGCCGGUCUUGACAUGUGCACCUUGGAGGACGAUGGCAGUUUACAGGUGAUGGCCGUCCCAUUAUUCUGAAAGGUGCUUUCAAGCCCAGAGAGGGAAUCGCUACCACCCUUUGGAUUUCUUGUUUAAGAUAAUUUUAAAAUGAGUUAUUUUGUAAAAAAAAAAAAAAAAAAAUCAUCAUGUGAAUAUUUCAGUUAUUUUUAUUGUAUGCCCAGAGUUUGCAUGAGAUUUUUCUCAUCAUCUUUGUAUAAAUAAAUAUUUUAACUUUUUUUUAAUUAAUAAAUA